AUGAUACCAAUAUUUAUAGUUUUUGUAACAUAUGCUAUGAUUUUAUUAAAUAUAUAAGAUUGUGUAUAUAAUUUUGACAGCAAUGAGAAUCUUACGGGAAAUUUUUCAUCACCCGAUUGGCCAAACAAUUACUCGCAUGAAUUGAGAUGUAUUUAUAAUUUUAAUGGACAGCGAUUUCAUGCAAUUAAUAUAAUAUUUUCAGUUUUUGAAUUGGAGUCGCCCUUCAAUAAAGGUUGUCUAACGGAUUAUAUUGAUAUAUCGACUAUAACUGCCUUUAAGGUGAAGAGACUAUUAGGCAGAUAUUGUGGUAAUGAAGUGCCUUCACCUCUAUUAUCAAUGCAUCCACAGAUAGAGAUAAUAUUCACGACAAAUCACGCCAUAAGUAAUCGCGGCUUUCAUGGCUACUAUGAGUUUAUCGAUGAGGGACUGAUCGGUCCACCCGAGUCUACACCAAAAAACAUAGUCGGUUGUGGCGGCAAUGAAACGGGUAUCGGUGGUAUACUAGUAUCACCAAAUUAUCCAGGUCCAUUUCCUCGACAAAUAGAUUGCAUUUGGCUGAUUAGGGUUCAACAAAAUCAACACAUUUACAUUAGGAUGGUUGAGCUCCAACUGUUUGGUAGUAUAGCCUAUUGCAAAGACGCUCAAUUAGCUAUAUAUGAUGGCUUCGAGAGUCUCGAGUUCGAGCCUAAGAAACCAAAACAAUAUUGCGGUGAUCUUACAUACUAUAAGAAUGUUGAGGACAAGGUUCUCCUCUCACAAAGCAAUCGUUUAUUAAUUAGAUUUAAAAGUGACAUAACAUCUGAACAAUGGAGUGAUCAGGUGUCCAGAAAUCCUAUCACUGGAUUUAAGCUCAUUUGGACGGCCAUAACAUUUACAGCAAUCGGUGAAUGCAAACAAUUUCAAUGUAGUGGCAGUCAAUUUUGUCUAAAGCCAAGCAAAUUGGUCCGAAAUUGUGAUGAAUAUCAUUCAUUUUGUAUCGACAAUAGUCUACAAUGUAAUGGUGUUCCCAAUUGUAGUGAACAAGACUUCUCUGAUGAAGACAAAUGUAAUGUAUCCCUGUUUGUGGGCGUCAGCACUGGUAUAGCAAUAGCAAUAAUAGUGAUAAUAAUAUGUAUCUGUUGUUGCCGUCGACGCGCAGAUCGGGCAGAAACCAGACGUAAAGAGUCGGCGGCUGACCUGAAUCGGGAUGAGUCGAGUUUGCAUUCCCGACACUCCGACCAAAGUACCUAUUAUGCAAUGCGUCCCAUUGGGGACUACUAUCCGACACAAGUAACCGAACCUCAUGUGAUCAACUGUUCAGUUCACGGACACAGAAUGGCAGUCAACGCACCCGAAGUUAUGGCACAAAAUCACUCGCCAUCUUAUCAGAGGACAGACAACAUUCAAAAACUCGAUUACAUUCCCAUUGAUGUCUGA